CUUCUUUUUUAAGGCUGAGUCAUAAUCUGUUGUCUGGAUAGACCACAUUUUGUUUAUCCACCCGUCCAUCAAUGGACACUUGGGUUAUUUCCAUCUUCGGGAUGCUGUGAACAAUGCUACUGUGAACGUGGGUGUGCAGAUGUCUCUCGGGGCCCCUGCUCAUGCUCUGUUUGGAUGCAUAGGAGACAGUCUGGAGAGGAGGACAGCACACUGAUCCCGGCAAAACGAGGCUGGGGUGGAGGGUGAAGGUGGCACCAUGACUUGCUAUUUCAUACACUUUAUAUUGUGGUUUUUUCACAAUAAGCGCUAGAUUGUGUUUUACAGUUGGUAAAUUAGGAACGCACUAAUUGUUACGCUUUUGCUUUGUGCUCUCUUAAGAGCUGGGCAGACCCUCUACCAGAGAUCCCUCCACACAUUGUGCAGGAAUGCAGACUGAGGCUGACAGAGAAUCCUUCCAAGGACGUCUUUGAGGAGUGUGCCCGGCCUACGAUUCUUCAUCGAUGGAUUUGUUCACUAAAUUUGCAUUUUCAACCGUCUGAUUAAGCAAACAUACUCAGAUUCUGUUCUGACGUUGAAAAACAUGGGUUUUGUACGUGAUGUAUGAGGUGGAUCAGAAAUUCUGCCAUCUCUGUGCAUAAAUUUCAAGAUACAGACUUAAAAGUCGCUAAUCUUUAGAGUCGUCCAUAACUAUUUAAGUGGAAAACCAUUUGAAGAGUACCAAGAAAGCUCAUAUUUUUCUCGAUUUUUACAGUGGAAAUGGCUGGAAAGGUUUGUGCCUGUCAGGUGCGAGCUACAGGAAAAAUGUAUGCCUGUAAAAAGCUAGAAAAGAAAAGAAUAAAGAGGAGGAAAGGGGAAGCUAUGGCUCUAAAUGAAAAAAGAAUCCUAGAGAAGGUUCACAGUCGAUUUGUAGUUAGUUUAGCCUACACUUACGAGACCAAAGAUUCCUUGUGUUUGGUGCUAACCAUUAUGAACGGAGGGGACUUGAAGUUUCACAUUUACAACUUGGGCAAGCCCGGCUUUGAUGAGCAGAGAGCUGUGUUCUAUGCUGCAGAGGUGUGCUGUGGCUUGGAAGAUUUACAGAAGGAAAGAAUCGUGUACAGAGACUUAAAGCCCGAGAACAUCCUCCUGGAUGACCGUGGGCACGUCCGGAUUUCAGAUCUCGGUUUAGCCGUGGAGAUCCCAGAAGGGCAGACGAUUCAAGGAAGAGCGGGGACGGUCGGCUACAUGGCUCCUGAAGUUCUCAAUAACGAGAACUACACGUUUAGUCCCGAUUGGUGGGGACUUGGCUGUCUGAUAUAUGAAAUGAUUCAGGGACAUUCUCCAUUCAAAAAAUUCAAAGAGAAGGUCAAGCGGGCAGAGGUGGAGCGGAGAGUGAAGGAGGACACAGAGGAGUACUCCGGGAGGUUCUCCAAGGACGCCGUGUCCAUCUGCAGCAUGUUACUCACCAAGAACCCCAAGCAACGCCUGGGCUGCACGGGCGAGGGAGUGGCUGACGUCAAGGGACACCCUGUGUUCAAGGACAUUAACUUCCAGAGGCUGGAAGCCAACACGUUAGAACCCCCUUUCUGUCCCGAUCCACACGAGGUUUACUGCAAGGAUGUCGCGGACAUUGAUCAGUUCUCCUCAGUGAGGGGCGUGUACCUGGACAGCAGCGACAACGCCUUCUACAGCCAGUUUGUCACUGGGUGUGUCCCCAUCCCCUGGCAGAACGAGAUGAUCGAGUCUGAAUGUUUCAAGGACAUCAACGAGAGUGAGCAUGAGGAAAAUGUGACAUUAGAUCCAGCAGAGAAGGCACAGCAACCAGUUCCCAAACCAAGGAGAAGCUUCUUGUACAGACUUUUCACAAGAGGGGGCUGCAUCAGCACGGACCCCAGCGAGAAGGAGGAGCUGCCCGCCCAACGGUGACUGCUCGCCGUGCAGCGGGACCUUCACCCGGGAACACGUGCUCGAGGUCUCAUCCCAUCUGUGAGCUGCAAUAAACACGUGCGACACAUCUUAAAAUGUG